UAUUUUGACUCCUACAUCUGGACAUCAUAUAGUAUGUAAAUUAUUGCCUUAAACCAUUUGAUCCCAGCAUCAAAAUUCUUUUUGUUCUUUACUUCUCACCAAAUUUCUCUCAAGAAAAAGAAAAUAACACUUCUUAUAUUUCUCCCUAUAACACUAUACAAUAUAUGAUUAUUUGAUUAUCCAACUUGUUCUGCCUAUAUUAGCUACAGUGUUAUUUCACUCAUGGCUCUCAUUUCUUCACCAUUCAUUACUAGCAAGAAUGGUUUGUGUGUGGUUGACUUUCCUUCAUCUUCAUCGUUUAUCACUGAUUUGAGAUGCAAGAAGACAAGAUCAAAGAAGAUUGUUUCUGUUGUGUCAACUCAGCAGAACAAACGCAACCCUUCUUCAUAUGGCUCAGCGAAAAUUGGCUUGACUACAACAGAGAAGAUACUGGCGAGAGCUUCGGAAAAAGGUAUGGUGAAUCCGGGUGAGAACGUGUGGGUUAAUGCAGAUGUUUUGAUGCUCAAUGACCUUACUUGUCCUGCUGUCUCUGAUAUCUUCAAGAGAGAGUUUGGCAACAAUGCUAAGGUAUGGGACCGUGAAAAAGUUGUAGUUAUUCCUGAUCAUUACAUAUUUACAAAUGAUAAACGGGCACACCGUAAUGUGGAUAUUGCAAGAGAGUUUUGCAUCCAGCAAGAUAUCAAGUUCUUCUAUGACAUUCAAGAUCGCAGCAAUUUCAGGGCUAACCCAGAUUAUAAAGGUGUGUGUCACAUUGCUUUGGCACAAGAGGGUCAUUGUAGACCUGGAGAGGUCUUGUUUGGUACAGAUUCUCACACAACAUCUGCAGGAGCAUUUGGACAGUUUGCAACUGGAGUUGGUAACACUGAUGCAGCUUUUAUAUUAGGGACAGGGAAGAUCUUACUUAAGGUGCCUCCAACAUUAAGGUUUGUAUUGGAUGGUGAAAUGCCAAACUACCUGCUUGCAAAGGAUCUAAUUUUGAAUAUCAUUGGUGAAAUAUCUAUGUCUGGUGCUACAUACAAAGCCAUGGAAUUUGUUGGGACCACUAUUGAGAGUUUAACUAUGGAAGAAAGGAUAACACUAUGCAACAUGGUUGUAGAAGCUGGAGGCAAAAAUGGUAUCAUUGCUGCUGACAAUACCACAUACAAAUACCUUGAGGAUAAAACAUGUACACCAUAUGAACCAGUUUUUAGUGAUGAGAAAGCAAGAUUCCUGGCCCAAUAUAGAUUUGAUGUAUCAAAAUUGGAGCCAUUAGUUGCAAAGCCACAUUCCCCGGAUAAGCGUGCUUUGGCAAGAGAAUGCAACAAUGUGAAAAUUGACAGAGUAUACAUUGGAUCAUGCACUGGGGGCAAAACACAAGAUUUUAUGGCUGCUGCAAAAGUUUUCUUAGCUGCUGGAAAACGUGUCAAAGUUCCUACAUUUCUAGCUCCUGCUACACAGAAGGUUUGGAUGGACUUGUAUACUCUUGAGGUAGCUGGGUCCGGUGGGAAGACAUGUUCAGAAAUAUUUGAAGAAGCUGGUUGUGACACACCAACAAGUCCAAGCUGUGCUGCAUGUAUGGGUGGACCUCGAGACACAUAUGGACGCUUGAAUGAACCUCAGGUUUGUGUGUCAACAACAAACAGAAAUUUUCCUGGUAGGAUGGGCCACAUUGAAGGACAAGUAUAUCUUGCUUCUCCUUAUACUGCAGCAGCUUCUGCCUUAACUGGUUUCGUUACUGAUCCCAGAAAUUUCUUGUUCUAAUUAAGCCGCUCUUUUUAGUAUAGAUAUUCUUAAUAUAAAGAGUUUAUGUAUUAUUUAUUAGUUAUUAGUUUAUAUUUUUAAAUAUUAGAAUGUUCAAUUUAAUUUGAUAUAUUUUAAUUUUAUUUAUUUAGUUAUUAAAUUAGAUUUUAUAUUAGUAAA